UUUCAGGCCAUGUGAGUCCGACCUGUCUAAGCUUCUUCCUCAACCACUGACAUCGCGUUGGAGCAGUUGGUGAUUAUUAUUGACACAGUCGACAACCUGGGACUCGUGCGGGCGCUACCUUGUCUUCUGUAACGCCGGCCUCCACCAGUUAUCCUCAGCACCGGCCCUGAUUUAGAUCUUUGAGCGCAAGGCGUGUACUGCUCGACCACACAUCCCCACUUGGCCAAACGAAAAAGUAUUGUUGGUACCGGACAGCUCACAUAUAGCCCCGAUACCCAAAUAUAGCCGACGUAGGUGGGCAGCGUUUCGUUCAACCACUAGGUCAAUAUGCCGACAAAGCCUUUCUCAGCUGUCACGGUCCAAGUAGAUCGCUUGACUAGCGAGCAAUAUGAAGAAAACGAUAUUGGGGGUGUCGUGGAUCUCAUUGAGGUCAUCCGAAUCCAGUCGACUGGCCCUACUGAAGCAGCACGUGCACUACGCAAGAAGCUGAAAUAUGGAAAUGCCCACCGCCAGAUCCGCGCGUUGGUGAUACUCGACGCCUUGAUCCAGAACGCAGGCUCGAGAUUUCAGAAAGCAUUCGCGGACGAGCCUCUUUUGGAGCGCUUGCGCAUAUUGGCUCGCGAUGAGACAGCUGAUGUUGAUGUUCGCAAACGAGUAAACCUCUUAUUUCGCCAGUGGGCCGUUGCGUACAAGGGCACGCCUGGACUCGAGCGCAUCGCUGCUCUACACAAGGAGCUUCCUCGUAAGAGUAGACCUCAGCCACAGCAAUCCCGAAUUAUCCGUGAGCAAGAUGCCGAAGCAGCUCGUGAGCGCGAAGAGAACUCACCGCCGCCCACGCCUCAACCUCGGCGACCCGAUCCUCCGCAAACGUCUUCAUCAUCAAGUAGGCCAGUGCAAUUGGGUUCUACCUUAUCCUCCGGUGGGUCUUCUCUUUUCAGUAGAAGUAAGAAAGACAAGAAGACUCCCAAGGGACAGCGAUUCAACCUUGAGAAGGAGAAGGGUCAGAUGUUGGAAACGAUGGCCUCAGCAAAUGUUGCAAGCACAAACCUCCUGAAUGGGCUACAACUCAUCAAUCGUGAACAACAGCGUGUCAGCGAUAACUCGGAAGUUAUGAACCGCUUCGAAACCUGCAAGCAGCUUCGCCGCCAGAUCCUACGCUACAUUCACUUGGUCGAGUCUGAGCAGUACAUUGGUGGUCUGCUGAGCGCCAACGAUGAACUUGUGAAGGCUCUCAUGGCCUUCGAGAUUAUGGACAAGAGCAUAGACGAUGAUGACAGCGACAGCGAAGAUGAUUCAGACAUGGCUCGGGCUAAGAUGGCUAGCUUGAGAAUGCAGGAAGAAACACCGCCUGCGAAGCCACCCCGACCAACGAGCAUUCCUAUGCCCCCUGCUCCCGUACCCGUUCAUGCGGCAGCAAAUCAGCGACCCGAUCCGGACAGCGAGCCUGAAGAAGACGACGAUCCGUUCGGAGACAGUAAUGCUGUUGCAACACCCUGGGCUGAGAAGAAGGAACCCAACUGGAGGGAUGUAUGAUACCGAGGAAAUCUAAGGAAUUAUUUUUGCAGCCUUAGCAUCGUGAAAUACCAUGUACUCCGAUCAAUUAGACUUGAGUCAUGACGCUCAAACAAAUGCAUACUCUAAGCUUGACAUCAG